UAACACUGAAAAGUCAAUGCACCGAAUGUCAAAACAAACGCAGACAUUGGAGUCAAACAAAAAACGGAUCAAUGCUUUCUUUGGCGAGAGAACAUGGCUGCAGGCAGGCACUUUCUAGUCUGUCUCGGACUCUCUGUGCUCCUCACAGGCUUGGGAAAGUCCGCGUUUGUUGGGAAGAGUCACAGCAGAGGAAAGGAUGACCCGGUGCUGCAGUAUGUGGUCAACAACUCGCUAAGGGAACACCCAGUCCUCACAAAACUCAAAUUGAGAACUCUGGAUGACCAAUGGAACGCCAUGAUGGUUUCCAUCGAACAAGCCCAGUUGAUGGCCAAUCUCAUGAAAUUGAUCAACGCAACCAAAGCUAUUGAAAUUGGAAUGUACACAGGGUACAACGCGCUCAGUAUGGCUUUGGCCAUGCCAGAGAAUGGACAUGUUGUAGCAUGUGAAAACAACAACAUCUAUGUAGAGAUAGCCAAGCCCUUUUUUAAAGAGGCCGGAGUGGAGAAUAAAAUCGACGUCAGGCUACAGUUGGCAAUGCAAACACUUGAUGAACUGAUAGCGGCUGGUGAAACAGGAACCUUUGACUUUGUGUUCAUCGACGCUGACAAAUCCGGCUACGACGGAUACUAUGAAAAGUCCCUGGAGCUCAUUCGGAAAGGGGGCAUCAUUGCCAUCGACAAUGUGCUGUGGAGCGGAAAGGUUGUGGAUCCUGCCCCCGAUGACAUCACUUCCAGGACUUUGGAUGCUCUCAACAAGAAGCUCCACAAAGACCAGAGGAUCGAUCUGAGCAUGCUCACUGUAGGGGACGGGCUGAGCAUUGCCAUUAAACGCUAAAUAGCUUUCAA